CUCGCAUUCUCCGAUUUGUCAACGCCGUUCGCCACCGUAAAAAAGUCAACACUAUCCAAGAAAACGCGGGCACACUACAUUGUCCUUAUUAAGAUAAGUAAUCGAGUGUCUGCCGUUUAAAUUUAAUCCUGCUCUGCUUUGAUUUUUCAAUCCCUUACUCCGGUGAACAAUGAAUCAUGAAGAUCAAGACCAAAUCUUUUAGAUAGUAACUGCUAAAUCUUUCAGCUUUCAACUUUCAACUCCGUUAUUUUUAACUGCUCUGCUUUGAUUUUUGACUUUUGAAUCUCUUACUCCGGUGAAUCAAUGCAUCAUGAUAAUCAAGAGUUUAAGACUAAGUCUUUUUAGACAGUAACUUCUAAAGCUUUCAACAUUCAACUCCGUUAUUUUCAUUAUAAUUGCUUCAUUAUUGGCACAUCAUAUGUAUGGUUAAUCUUGUUUUGUCUGGUUGAAUUAUCCGAGUUUUGAAGCUUCCUGGACAUGAUGCUUGAUUUAAUGCAUACAAGACUAGACUAAGUGACCAUCCAAGUUCUACAAAUUCUAUGCUUCUUAUUCUGUAUAAAUCUUGGAGAUAUUUACAAGCUAAUCCUGGCUCUGUCCUAACAAAGACUCAUUCUUCAUUGGAAAUGUCCAGAAAUAAUACCAUAAGAAAUGUGAUUCUAACGUUUUACUAAAACGAGUCCUGCAUUGCUCACCCCCCAGAUGAUUUUUUAAGUUUUGAUGUCGAUUUAGUUUGUCAUGUUUGAAUAUUGAACUUUGAACUAGUGGCACCAAUACUAUACUUGAGACUGCUUAGAGAAUUUUCCUGGUAAUGUAACACUGAUCUUGAUAUCCUUUGUUUAUUCCAUUAUUGCCAACCCAAACCGUAAUUCAAUAGCUAUGACUUCCUCUUUUGUAGCAUUUGAUCCCUUUCUCUGUCUUUCUUUCAAAGUUACAAUGUAUGCUAACUCUAUUUUAAGUAUAUGAUCCUGUCAGAGUGUCAAUUACUUUUGGUUUAUUUAGCAUGCUUGUUUACCAAGAUUUUGUCAUAUUUAGUCAGAUCACCUUGAUGGAUCUCAUUUGUCAAUUACGUGUACAUCAAACGAAACACAAGUAGUGUUUGUUCUUCUCUGCAUCUAAGGCUUUCCAAUGCCUGCGUAUAUAAUGGUUGCUUGCUGCUGCUUCUAACAUUAUUCCAGAGUGACUUUAGUAUAAAUCCAGAUUAAGCAGCAGGCACUCUAAAUAUUCCAAUUUGAUGAGGAACAAGCAUUCCAACCUUCACCUCCUUAUUCCUAUUAUUUUCUUAUUUCAUUCUUGUUCUUGGGUUUCCUUGGCCCUGGCACAAAACGAAACCAUUAUCCCAGUGCAUGUGGGGGUUAUUCUUAAUGAUCUUGAAUACUCAUUCACAAAGGAUAUUUGGUUGAGUUGCAUCAAUAUGUCUGUCUUAGACUUCUAUGCUACUCAUCCUCACUACAGCACAAGGAUUGUUUUGAAAACUAGGCAUAGCAAAGACAAUGUUGUCAGUGCAGCUGCUGCAGCUCUUAACUUGAUAAAGAGAGAACAAGUGAGAGCCAUCAUCGGGCCAGUGACAUCCAUGCAAACAAGGUUUGUUAUUAAUCUUGGAAAUGAAGCACAUGUUCCUAUUAUAUCAUUUUCUGCAACAAGCCCUUCUCUUACUUCUCUCCGGAUCCCCUAUUUCUUUCAAUUUGCACAAACUGGUUCUGCCCAAGUGCAAGCCAUUAGUGCAAUUGUUAAAGCCAUCGGAUGGAGACAAGUUGUGCUUAUCUAUACAGACAUCGAGUAUGGGGAAGGAACCAUACCGUGCUUAACUGAUGCCUUGCAUGAAGUAAAUGCUCAUGUGUCAUACCGCAGUGUCCUUCCCUCAUCAGCCACCGAUGGUCAAAUCGAUCAAGAACUUUCCAAGUUGAUGACAAUGGAAACCAGAGUCUUCAUCGUCCACAUGGCAACUAAUCUAUCCUCUAGAUUAUUUGUCAAGGCAAAAGAGAGUGGGAUGAUGAGUCAAGGGUCUGCAUGGCUCACUACUAAUGAGAUACUUAAUAGACUACAGUCAAAAGGUUCUACAGUCAUUAAUUCCAUGCAAGGUGUAUUGGGUGUGCAAAAUUUUGUUCCACCAACACAAUAUCUUGAAGAUUUCAAGAUACGGUUGAAACAGCAAUUCCAUACAGACAGUCCAGCCAUUGGUGCUGAAUUGGAUGUUUUCGGACUUUGGGCUUAUGAUGCUGUGUUUGCAGUGGCCAUGGCAAUUGAACAAGUAAUUGGUCCUCCAAAUACCUUUCCUAUCCAAGAGUCAAAUGUUGCUUUCAACUGGUCAACCGAUGUUGGAGGUUUACCGGUCUCUCCAUAUGGACCGAAACUUCUCACCGCUCUGUCAACUGCUAGGUUUGAAGGCAUAGCUGGGCAUUUCUCAGUUGUUGGUGGGAAGCGUAAUUCUUCUAAUUUCCGGAUAGUCAAUGUGGAUGGUGGUGCAGCAUGAACAGUUGGCUUUUGGACAGUGAAAAAGGGCCUUGUGAAAACGUUGAAUCCUUCACCAGGCUCGAGUGAAGUUUUAAAUUCCAAAUUUGACUUUGGACCUAUUACUUGGCCGGGAGAUUCUCUCUCUGUUCCAAAAGGGUGGGAGAUCCUAACCAAAGGAAAAAAAAUACUGAAAAUUGGAGUUCCUGUCAAGAAUGAUUUUACUGAGUUUGUCAAGGUAACAACAGAUCCAAGGACAGGCACUACAAAUGUGACUGGCUUCAGUAUUGAUGUCUUUAAGGUUGCAAUGCAACGAUUACCAUAUCAUCUUCGUCUUCCUUAUGAAUUCAUUCCUUUUGCAAAGUCUGAUGGCACCAGCGCCGGCAGCUACAGUGAUUUGUGCAAUGAAGUAUAUCUUGGGAAUUUUGAUGCUGCGGUGGGAGAUACAACUAUUACACCAGGCAGGUCAUUAUAUGUGGACUUUACAAUGCCAUACUCAGAAUCUGGUGUAGCAAUGGCCGUGCCAGUCAUCAACUUGAAGAGCAAACAUGUGCUGGCUUUCUUGAAGCCCUGGACACUGAACCUGUGGCUAACGAUUUGUUUUUUCUUCAUAUACAUUGGCUUUGUGGUUUGGGUUCUUGAGCAUCGAAUUAAUAAAGAUUUCCGCGGCCCUCUCUUACAUCAAGUUGGCACCAGUUUAUGGUUCUCGUGCUCGACCGUGGUGUUUGCACAUAGGGAGAGAGUUAUUAGCAAUUUGUCUAGAUUCGUUAUGAUUAUCUGGUUGUUUGUUGUGCUUAUAUUGACAAUAAAUUACACGGCCAGUUUAUCGUCACUGUAUACAGUUGAACAACUCCAGCCAACAGUUACUGACUUACAGAUUCUAUUAAGUAGAAGGGAAAACAUAGGCUACAUAGAGAAUUCUUUUGUUUACGAUCUCUUGAAACAAGUAGGUUUUAAAAAUGAUACGCUGAAGAAAUUUGGAACAAUGAAAGAAAUUGAUGGAGCUCUUUCAAAAGGUGGUAUUGCUGCUUAUGUUCACGGAACCCCCGAGAUUAAGCUUUUUCUUGCCAAAUAUUGUUCUAGAUAUACUAUGAUUGCACCGAUCUUUCAAACUGCUGGACUUGCCUUUGCGUUUCCUAAACGUUCCCCACUUGCAGCCGAUCUUUCACAGGCAAUCCUAAACAUGACCGCAGGAGAUGAGAUAUUGAAACUUGAAAAACAAUCGAUCGGGAAAGAAUCUAGUUGUCAAGACUCGAGUGAUGCGACCAUUUCCAGAAACAGUCGUGGGCUUGGUAGUUUUUGGGUCCUAUUCCUCAUUGCUGGUUUGACUGCAGUACUUGCAGUAAGCGUGUAUGUAGCUUCCUUCAUUUAUAGGCAUAGUUACGUGCUGGUGCAACCAGGUGAUGCAGAACCCUCAACAUGGAGAACUAUCCAAGCUCUAUUCAAAAUUUUCAAUGAAAUAGACCCCGACUCUCACACUUUCAGAAGGAGUAAUCGACAGGGCGAUGCAGUGAUGGACUCACCCAACAACUUCCCAGGAGCUUUAGUCCACCCCAUUCCGGAUCACACUGAUCAAAUGAACUCGUUAUUUACCGGAGAGCAACAAACAAGCUCAAUCGCCGAAGCGCCUUCAGACAUACUACUUCCUUCAAAUACUGAGGUUGUGAUCAGAGUUCAGGAAAUGCACAGAACUACUUCAAACACAGCUCAAGAAUACAACUGAUCAGUGUCACAUACGUACAUUUCUUCUCUUCAUAGUGUACAUAUGACCAUAUGGUUCCUGUAGUACUGUAUCAGGCUUCCCCCUGUUCUGUAUGUAUUUUCUUAACUAAUUCAUUGAAGCCCCAUAAUUCUUC